UGUGCUUGGCUUGGUCUGUUUUGCCAGUACGUUACUAUCCCAAUAAGAAGCAUAACUGCGGUAGGGACACACACCUCUUUGUCGGAAGCGAAAUUAAAAUAACAACUUCAUAACCCGCUUCUUGGUUUUGUUCCUUUGCUGCUUUUUCUUUCUAUGGUUUAAGCAAAAUGGCAACUUUCAAGUAUUGUUUGGAUUGCAACAAUUUGCUUUAUCCCAGAGAGGAUAAACAGAAUAGGCGGUUACUUUUCGCUUGUCGCAACUGUCAGUACGAAGAAGAUGCAGAUAACCUCUGCGUAUACCGCCACGAGAUUAUUCACGGAUCGACUGAACAGACCAUGAUCGUCGCUGAUUUGAGCGCUGAUCCAACACUGCCACGAACAAACGUCACUUGCGAAAAGUGUGGCAAUCAAGAAGCAGUGUUUUUCCAGUCGACGUCGAGACGUGCGGACGCCAAAAUGACUCUGUUCUACGUCUGCUCUAAUCGGAACUGUGGACACCGAUGGACUGGAUAGCGUUUUUCAGGCAAAGCCCAACAAGCUUGAUUCCUCUCACUCUGCUUAAUGUCUACCUUUACCAUCACUUCUCUCGAGCUAGCAAUAUGUAUAAAAGAAUCAACUGUACAUAAUAUCAUUCAAAAUACACUAUCUUCUUUUUCACGGGUACCUCAAA